AGGCGAUAAUGGCUACCCUGAACUUCAUAAUUUGGCGGUUGAAUAAGAGUGGGUGUUUACUUGGACUGUUGAAUACUAAAUAGCAUAUAAUUUAUUGAUAGUUUAGGGCUGCCUUGUGAUAAUUUGACUUUCGAAUGUUGGAAUUACGGAUUGGUACUCUGUGAGCAGUUGAAUAAUGACUUCACAAAUGAGGUUAUUUGUUUUGUUAGGCUCGAAGUUAGGUUUGCAGUCCGAAGUCGUUAUAAGGAAAGGGCAUGAAUUACAUCGACUGCUGCAUCUGAAGACUAGUACAUGUGCUAUCAACAUCAGUGAAACUUGCCAAAUCGUCAUAUGCCUUGAUUUAGCAGCUUCAGUAAUUGGAGUCCCAGUUGAAAGGCUUGAUGCCAUCAGACUGGCAGGUGUUACAAAGAAAAAUUACACAUCUCUUUGCCAUACAAUUGAAAAAUUGUUAGGCAUUGAAAAGCACAUUACUAUCAAGGAUCUGUGUGUUCAGUUUGGUGUUAGUGAAGCAAUGUCAUUGGCACAGAAGAUAUUGCAUAGAUAUGUAAGUGAAGAUGCCCAUGGAGCGGUGGUGGACCUCAGUCACCCAGUGUACAAUGUCACAGCAGUGAUUGUAGCUUGCAAGCAUUGCAAGCUGAAAGUGGACCGUGCAAAACUUUUGGAAAUGAGCCAUAUCCAGAAGUCAGCAUUUCUGAAACUUGCAAACACUUUUGAAAAAUAUGCAAAAGAACUUCAUCUCAGCCACAAGUCAUCAUCAUGUAAUGUUGAAGAAGAUGAGUAUAACCCAAGAAGCCAAUUGAAAAGUAUGGGUUCAGGAAUGGAACAAAUUUUUCCACCACCCUCCAGGAAGGCACUGCCUGAUUCUUCCAAUUCACAAAGUUAUGAGGACUGGAAAAAGAGCAUACUUGAAGACUGUGAUAAUGUGGAGCCCUAAAACAGUCAUACCAGACCAUGUUAUUUCAUUUUUGGAUGUCUUGCACAGAACAGAAAUUUGAUUUAUCAGUCAUUUGUCAUAUUGUAGGUAUAGUAAUUUAAAAAAAAAUAUAUCAUAUGUGAGCUGCAAUGUGA